CUUCUCUUGAAUCCGCAGGUUUAUAUCGGGCAUUGUACCCUAUUUACGCGGCCUGAUCUGUUUCUUUUACUAAAAAAACCGCUAAAUGACCUGUUUUACAGCACAGACUGAUAUCGUUUUAUCUUUGUUUCCUAACAGCAGGAACCAUGUUCUUUUCUUUUCUUCUGUCACCAAGUACAAUAACGGCUGGUACUAUAAUUCUCACGAAGCAAACAGAGUUCUUUAUAAGAUAAGCCCCUUAUUACCAUUUUUUAGCUUACAGAUCAGCCAACCCGCGCCAACGUUGCAAGUAUGCGAUACUAUUGCGCUGGUGCACCCCAAGUACUACACUGCGGAUGUAAGCUCGUUUAAUUCGAAAACCACGGCAACAACAUCCGAAGAUUAAAAUGUUUUCGGAUUGAGUCAUUAGACUGUGGGACAAUUACUAGAAAAUAAAACCUUUUAUAUCUUUUGUCUCUUGUACUGGCUUUGGUAUGUACUUUGCACGUCUAAUUGAACAUGUUUACAGUAGUAUAUUUAGAGGUAGAGGAAGGUAUGCCCCAAGAUUCAGUUAAAUUAAAAUCGAUACAGUAAUAUUAAUCAAGUUAAAGGAC